AUGUCUGAGCAGUUUGACGAAGUAGACAAGUUGAGAGACGAGCUGUUGCAAAAUCUCCCACCACUUGUGAAUUCCUUGGCGCACUACGGAGAGUUCAUCAGAAGCCAGGAUGUUUUACAGCGCAUUGAAAAGGUUAUGCUGGAGGUGGUCGUUCGUUUAUCGAAGGAGGAGACGCCGGUGUUGGUCUUGCAGAACCGCUCUAGUUGGGCCAACGUGAUAUUUGACAGGAACAUUGGAUUGCUAAUGAAACCUAACGUGUGUGUGACCACACUCCGCAGUGACUGCCCUUCCUCAGCUAGACGCUUUGCGCUUAUUCUUAAGGUCAUGUCAACUGUUUACAAACUCAUCCAGAGUGACUCAUAUGCCACCAAAAGGGAUAUCUAUUAUAAUGAUCCACAGUUAUAUGGAUCCCAGCAAUUGGUAGACUCUGUUGUUGACGAUAUUUCAUGUAUGCUUCAAGUCCCCCGCAGGAGCCUGCAUGUGCUUGCUACUUCCAAAGGAUUUAUCUCAGGUGAUCUGUGUUACUUGGAGGAAGAUGGUACCAGAGUUGACUGCAUUUCUAACUCCACUGCUGUGUCUGUCUCAUCUAAUGUCAGUGGAAUUAAGAAUAUUGUGUCCUCUGCUAAGUUUGUCCUAGUGGUCGAGAAGGAUGCCACUUUCCAGAGGCUUUUGGAUGACAAUUUUACCACCAAACUGUUCCCAUGCAUUAUCAUAACCGGUAAGGGAGUUCCAGACGUCAAUAGUAGAUUAAUGGUGAGGAAACUGUGGGACACCCUUCACAUCCCGACCUUUGCCCUGGUAGAUGCUGACCCACACGGCAUUGAAAUCAUGUGUAUCUACAAGUAUGGAUCCGUGUCCAUGGCCUUUGAGGCACAGAGUCUGGCUGUCCCCAGUUUGUUGUGGCUAGGCCUGCUGCCCUCUGACAUCCAGAGGCUUAAAGUGCCAGAGAAGGCUCUGAUCUCCCUCACACAGACAGACGAAAGGAAAUUAAACAGCCUGAGAAACAGACCCUACGUAACCUGCCAGCCUGCCUGGGAGAAAGAGAUGGAGAUUCUGCGGAAUUGUGGGUGGAAGGCUGAGAUCCAGGCUCUGGAAUCCGUUGCGCCUAAUUUUCUCACUACGGUUUACUUGCCCAAUAAAUUGCGUUAUGGGGGCUGGAUAUGA